UCGAUCAUACGAUGCUGACUGCAGACCCAAGCCAAGAACUACCUCAACUCGCUAAAGCUGAAAGAUAACAUGUAACGUGGUCGCUGUGCUGCCUACAUGAGCAUCGUCAGAUUGCUGUGUCUGUAUUUUGCGAACAGUUGACGUACUUAUCAUCUUACACACGCUGGCAUUGCGCGUGUGGCCCGCCCACGACAUGGAUUCCAAGGAAAGCGAGCAGGCGAAGGAGAUUGCGGCAUCGACCCCAACAUCAUCGAGCACAAAACCGAGUCCAGACCCAGACCUACCAAUAUCCUACGACCCCAAGCCUUCACGUAAGCCACCGCCGCAAUAUGGCAAAACCGCAACUGGAGCACCUGUCAAUCCCCAGACUGCUUCUGCGCUCGCACAAGCGCGUCACACAGGCAGUGGCGUCCCAGCAUCAACCAUCGCCACCCUCCUCGCAGCCCCCGAGCCGGAAAUCAAAGAGAAGAGAUCGCUGCGCGAGCGGUGGAAAGACUGGAAGGAGAGGAAAUCGUAUGACAAGAAUGACGAAGAACCGGUCUGGCAGAUGCGCGGAAGCUCCACGCAAUGGAAUGUUUUUGGUUCACCUGUGAGCGAGGGGAAAAUAGAGAAGGGUAGGCGUCUGAGAUAGGCGUAUCGACUAGGAGCAAUCUUGGUGGGGUAGACGCCGAAUGAUCAGGGCAUAAACCAUGAUGGCCGAUGGUACAUCAUCAUCGUUCCUUCCGCAACAU